AUGACGACGCAUAAAUUCAACCAAGUGGAUGUCUUCACCGACGAGCCAUACCGCGGCAACGCGCUAGCAGUGGUUAGCCUUACCGCGGGUACAGCUACAGACGAUGGCGCGAUGCAGCGAUUCGCCAACUGGACGAAUCUCAGCGAGACGACGUUCCUCGCGCCAUCCAACAAAGCCGACUACAGCGUGCGGAUAUUCACACCCGCCUGCGAGCUACCCUUCGCGGGCCACCCGACGCUGGGCACUGCGCAUGUGUAUCUUAACGCCUUGUCGCCCGAGCAGCGCCGGGCUAUUGCUGACAGAGGCGGCAGCCUUACCCAGGAAUGCGCCGCUGGGGUAUUGCAGCUGCGGUGGGAUGCGCGCUCCGAUGUCAUAUCCUUCCAGGCACCGCCUCUGAAUCGGUUCGCAGACGUGCAGGCCGAGCUGCUCGAUAGAGUGUGCAGAGGCGUUAGCAUCAGCAGGGAUGAUAUUGUCGACGCCAAGUGGAUCGAUAACGGACCGCCGUGGUUUGCACUGCGAUUGCAUAACGCGGAUAUCGUCCUUGAUGCCAAGUUGUCCGAUAGAGGCGCAAUAGACGGCCUCUACUUUGGUAUAUUUGGCGAGCACACGGCUGGACACUCUCAGGCUACUUUCGAAGUGCGCGGUUUCGCUUACGAUGUGGGCGAGGAUCCCGUUACUGGGUCACUCAACGCAGGGAUUGCUAUGUGGAUGAAAAAUGAAACACCUGCUCACUACUUGAACUCCCAAGGCACGGCUCUCGGUAGAAAGGGAUUGGUGAGCGUGACGAAAGACGGCGAUGACAUUUGGAUUGGUGGGAGUGUGAUGGGGUGUAUCGAAGGCACGGUUGUCCUUUGA